AUGUCGCCCAUCCUGCCCUUGCUGUUCCUCUCCACUGUCGUUGUCGCCACCCAUUUCCAGCCUCUUCAUCCCAUCGACCUCUCCCAGGGGUAUGCACGCAGCAUACGCAAUUCCAGCCAACUGAGAAGCGGUUUCUUACAUUUUGAUGGUCUGUUCCAACGAGAUGACUGUGAUCCAGCAGACUCGACGCCUUGUCCCGAUGGCUGCUACGUUGGUGCCAACGCCGUAUGCUGCGCCAAUGGAGGUGCUGUACCCCAGGGCGAUGUCUGCUGCGACGACAGUGCCGGCGGCGGCUGCGCGAUCGGUUUGACCUGUGGCUUCUGCGACACCAAGGGCGUGUGUUGCAGCGACGCAACCUGCGCUGUCCUGGUCGACACGGAUGGCUCGUCGGUGACGCUCGGCCCGGACGAUUGCAAGGCGACAGCAGGAAACACGGUGGCGUCUGUCGCAACUGUCGGCACCGGCGGUACCACAGCUCCUACACCCACGCCUACACCGACUCCAAGCAUCACCGAGACAACACCACUACUUCCCUCCUCCACCGAAAACCCACCUGCACCGCCUACCACCACGACGGAAGCGCCCAUUCCAACCACGUCGGCAUCAGUCCCGACCGUCAUAACAGUAAUCGUCACGACUUCCAGCACCAGCACCCUCCCCCCAACCCCCGAGACGACCAUCAGCACCGAGAUCGUGUCACCUCCGCCCGCAGCCACCACCGCAACCGUGACUCAAGUCGCUGGCGCUGCACGAAAGGGUUUCGAGAGCCAUGGGGUUUUUGCGACGGCGGCUGUCGCACUGGCGAUGGUGGGCAUGCUGGUGAUGCUUGCUUGA